UGUAGCCUUAGGUACAUUGCUAGCUGGAGCCGGAAGCAGAGCUGCAAUUUGUUCCUGGGGCCGUAGCAGACAAUGCAAUGCGGGCUGGAGCAAGGCGCAGCUCUUCUGCAAGACUGCAAGUAGAAAAGCGCAUGGUGCCUAGCUAGAUUCUGGUUUGGUGGUGCAAUUUCAUUUGUGGCCGGAAGCACUGACCAGUUUGUCUUCAGGAAAUCUGCGCUUAUUAGCAGGUUCCCGACCUCCUGAAUUUGUGUAGGAGAAGCUAAGUUGUGAGAUCUGCAUAGUUGAGCGUGGAUUGAGUAAACCAUGAUGGCAGACUAUGAUCGAGAAAUCGAGGAUCUGAAAGCACUCGUCACAAAGGCGCUUGAGAAGAAAGGCGUCCUAUCUAAAAUCCGAGCGCAGCUCCGAGCUAGUGUUUUCCAAGCAAUAGAGGAGCAGGAUAAGGUGUCAGAAGAGAACGGGGAAGAGACGGCCAUCGUGGGCGGCUGCAGUAAGCAGGCUAAGGAGUUACACAACACUCCGUCAGGGCGGUUGUUGUCUGGCCUCAUUUUGGAGUACUUUGAAUGGGCGGAGCUGGACCAUACUGUCCAGAUCUACCUUCCGGAAGCCAACCUAACUGAUAGCGGCGCAAGUCGCGCGCAACUCGCAGACUCACUGGGCCUAGGACAUGCGGCCAAAAGCAACGAACGACCCCUCUUACUAGAGCUCAUUGAAGCGAGGCGGUCGCAGGACGCCCCGCGCUCGUCAUCCCCCACCACCAACUCCUUUGCACCACCCACCUCGUCCAGCAGACUAUCUGCAGCGGAGACAAUGGCGGCUACAUCUCCUUACGGCUCGUCUCCUUAUGGCCCUACGCCCUCAGGCACAGGCAGGACGCGAGAUGGCGCGCCGGAUACCAACGAGCACAGCCGACCGCAAAGCCCUGCCAAGAGGUACGAGUCUCCUCCGUCCCCUAGUAAAGUCCCCACUGCCGCCGCCUUCUUCACCAGCUCCAUCCUGGCAAGCGAAAUCUCGCCGGGUAAACCUGCCAGCCCCGCCGCGGCUUUCUCCGAUCCGCCCACGAGCUCCCCCCGUGAAGCGGACCAGCGGAGCUUGCUGGGCGCCCUCCCCCCCCUGCACAAGCAAGCCUUGCCCGCGCUCGGAAGCAGGCGGUACGCCGGUCUCGCACCGCUGCGGGCCAGCCAGGACGAGCCGGCCACUGCGGGUCACGGCGCAUCGGGGCAGGCACCGUCGUCAGAAGAAACAUCCUCUCCCGUGAUCACGAGCGCCAGGACGCGCCGGUCGAGCAGCGAGUCGGAAGACAGCCCCAGGGGAAGCCCCGGGCGGCAGCUAGACAGGCCCGCCACGCCCAGCGAAGAAAGGGACAUUUCGGAAGAGAUCGAGGAGGAAGAGCUCUCUGUGGAGGCGAGUGACCUCUCGGUAGGCAGCCAACCGCAGGCGAAGUCUAACGAGCCGCUUGUCCGAAAGUGAGUCAUGCUGCAUGGGGCCCCUGCUCGCUUAUUAGGAGUCAUUGUUCAAAGCGAAACCUAGGGGUAUUUGCAAACGACCGACCUUUGUGUUUACAGACCGUUUGGACUAAGUCGAACGGUAUGUGCUUUGUGUUGCAAGAACACGUCAACGAUUAUUAUCAAAGUCAGCCAGGUAUACUUGGCGAGGUUCCUCUUUAUAAUGCAUGCAGCGGUUCUGGAACUUAAACUUGAAUCCAGGUGAGCGUUGGUUGCGAGGUUCUGAGGUCUCCGAAGCAGCCAAAAGCCAACGCGCUUUAGCCAAGUCUUUCGCCCCUGAUUUCGGUGCAACCGAUAGCCGGUGCAACCGAUAGCCCUGGCCUGUGAUACAUUCGAACAUGAAGACGAACGGAUGCCAGGUAGUCAAGUUUUAGCUGGAGUGGCGGUUGCGAUUGUACCUGGGGGCAUGCAGAGAAGCCGAC